UUAAUUUUUGUAAACAACAAAUCAAAUUGAGGAAUGCAAAACAGAAAAACACAAAAAAGCGGCCAAAUUCAUUAUUUCAGAUUUAAAUAUUCUGUUUCUUCAUUUCGUGCAAAAAUCGGGUGGAUUUCAGAUCUGUUUCCUUCAUCUUCAAUUACAUAUUAUUCAUUUCCCUGAUUAGCCACAGAGUACGUGAUUACGAAACCAUUUCGUGUAUGCCACUGAACACUGAUUGAAAAAUGAAUCCAGCUAAUAAAGUCGGAGAAAUUUUUUCCGCUGCUGGUAUCGCAUUUAGUAAAUUGGGAGAGCUUACACUGCAGCUUCAUCCUACUGCGGAUACUCCUUCUGGUGGCAAAUGGACCACUACUGAAAUUGAAUUACUUCAACAAGCUGUUCGACGAUUCAGUGACGAUUUAAACAAAAUUAGUGAAGAUUUACAGAGACGAGGCCUAAUCCAAAACAUGAACUCGAUGAAAAAGAAAGCUGAAGACGACGGCAAUUUAAUUGCUUCACAAAAUCAAAAAUUAGUCACCUCGGAGUCUGUUAACGAACAGUCAGUCAUUUCCAGCGGAUCCGAUGAUACGCUUUCUAACAAACUACAAACGACAGUCGCCGAAGAAUAUAAUACUGUACAUCUGCCAGAAAACGAUUUGAUGAUAUAGAUCAGUUCCCGGAGUUAUUUCAUAUGUACUGUGCUAUAUAUUUUGUGAUCGUUAAUUGUAGAAAAAUUGUAAAAUUUGUUGCUGUACAAACACAUGUAUUUUUUUCAAAUUAAAUAUUUAUAACACUGA